GGAGGCGGGGCGGGGAGUCUCGCCCGCCAAGGGACAGAGAGCGAGGGGUUGCCACAGGCUGUUGUGGGCGAAGUGGUUCGCGUGGUCAGCGAGGAGCCGAGAUCCUUGGCCAGGCGCACCGGGGUUGCGUCCGAGGCGAGGCGUGGAUUAACUGCGGGGAGAGAUUCGCCCAAAUCGCCCAGAGCUCCGGAUCGCCUGGGCGAGGAAACAUGUGGCUCCUCCUUCCUCUUUGUGGGAUCUUCAUAGCAAACUCAGCAGCAGAGCCCCCCAAGGAGCAGCCCCAUGACCCCUUCAUUUACGAUUACUAUUCGCUGAGAGUUGGAGGCUUGGUGUUUGCUGUUGUCCUUUUUCUGAUGGGCAUCAUCAUUAUCUUUAGCCGGCACUGUCGUUGCAAAUUCAACCAGCAGCAAAGGACCGGAGAACCGGAUGAAGAGGAAGGAACUCUGCGCAACUCAAUCCGGCGUUUAUCUACAAGGAUGAGAUAGAAGACAUGGGAACUGGUAGCUGUAUGUCAUCCUCCUGGAUCUGGAACGCCCCUUCCUUUGUUCUGCCUGGCCUUAGUUCUCCCAGCAAGGCCCCGUUGCUUGCCACCACUCCAGUGAAUUCCAGAACUGGUUGCCUCCGGGGUCAUCCCAACCCAACUGAGCCCCCUUACCAAGACCUUCCCCUCCUGUUUUGGCUUGCUUGCUUGAAGUCCACUGCUGCUUCUCGGAGAGGGAGGGCAGCCUCCUAACCGUUGGCCUUCAGCCACGUUCGAGUGACCAUGAAGGAUUCCAACUCCUGAGCUCAGCUCAAGCUGCUUUUUACAGUAGGCCCCUGUCUGAGCUCUUCCCCUUUAAAAAAAAAUCUCCCCUUGGGCUUCUGGAUAAAUAAAUAAUUCCUUGAGUCAA